AUGUCAGAACUGCUCAUCAACUCCCAGAAUGGCCACCUCACGGCGAGCCAGCGCAUCCCGGCGAUUGCACGUCCAUUCGUCUCUGAGCGUGCUGCAAAGACGCUCGACCUGGUCGAGAAGUUCGUCGAAGAGGAAUGCCUCCCCCAUGACGAAGUGUACAUCCGGCAAAUCGGCGAGACUACCCAGCAGCGAUUCUCCUCGCAUCCCUCCGUCAUUGAGGAUCUGAAGAAGAAGGCGAGAGAAUUGGGCUUGUGGAACAUGUUUCUGCCCAAGGCCCACUUCAAGGAGGGAGCGGGGUUCAGCAACCUAGAGUACGGGCUUAUGGCUGAGUACCUGGGCAAGAGUCGGACAGCCAGCGAGGCCACCAACUGCGCGGCUCCGGAUACUGGAAACAUGGAGGUGUUGGCGAAAUACGGCAACGACGCCCAGAAGAAGAGGUGGCUUGAGCCACUGCUCGAGGGAAGGAUACGUUCUGGAUUCUUGAUGACGGAGCCACAAGUAGCGUCUAGUGAUGCGACCAACAUCGAGAUGACCAUCAAGCGCGACGGCGACUCGUAUGUGCUCAACGGCUCGAAAUGGUGGUCUUCGGGCAUCGGCGACCCACGCUGCGAAAUCUACAUCGUCCUUGGAAAGACCGACCCCAACAACUCUGACAAAUACAAGCAACAAUCCGUCAUCCUCGUCCCGCACAACACUCCCGGCAUCACCAUCCACCGCAUGCUCUCCGUCUUCGGCUACGACGACGCGCCCCAUGGCCACGGCCACGUCACCUUCACCAACGUGCGCGUCCCCGCCUCCAACAUGGUUCUCGGCGAGGGCGACGGCUUCAAGAUCAUUCAGGGGCGUCUCGGCCCCGGCCGCAUCCACCACGCCAUGCGCAGCAUUGGAGCUGCGGAGAAGGCUCUCGAGUGGUUUCUCGCAAGAAUCAACGACGAGAGGAAGAAGCCCUUUGGCGAGAUGCUGAACAAGCACGGCAUAAUGCUAGACCGCGUAGCACGCUCACGUAUCGAGAUCGAUGCCGCGCGUCUCGCUGUUCUCAACGCCGCUAUCAAGAUUGACGAGUCCGAUGCCAAGGGCGCGCUCAAGGAGAUCGCAGAGGUCAAGGUGCUCGUCCCGCAAGUCAACCUUGAUGUUAUCGACCGCGCGAUCCAGGCGUAUGGCGGUGCGGGUGUGAGUCAGGAGACGCCCUUGGCUGCUAUGUACAGCAAUGGCAGGACUAUGCGUAUCGUGGACGGCCCCGACGAGGUGCAUUUGCUGCAGCUGGGUAAGAAUGAGAAUAAGAGGGGUGCGGCGCAUAAGAAGAGGUUGGAAGCGCAGAAGAGGAAGGGCGAAGAGCUGUGCAGGAAGUAUGGCAUUGAGCCCAAGGACCCGCUGUAUCUUGGGAGGAGUACAGGGAAGGGGAAGAGUAAGUUGUAA